AGUGAUAAUCCGAGCCGAGUCGAGGAGUCAUAGAGCAAAGAACAAAGCCGCGAGUCUAAGCGAAAGUCUACGAAUACUGUUUACAGACGCCAGACUAUACAGCUAGUGUUCAGUGUUAUAUUCAGCUAUAUUCAGUGUUUAGAAAAACAGUUUAUACACACUGUCUGUUGUCAGUGUGUAUCAGAAAAAGUUUGACAACUGUACAUCUGAUAAUAUCAGAUACAGUUUGACAACAAUAUCUGACAGUACUAUAGAGUACAUCAGACAUCAUGUCCACACAAAUGAGAGAUGUGCACCUGAAGGCUGACAUCAGCAGCACCAUCUCAGAGAAUGGAAAUGAUCAGGGUGGCAUGAAUAUUUCUCCUGCAACCAAUGAGAAGGCAAGCCCAACAGUGAGGAAGAGCAACAAGACCUCUGCAUUCUUCCGAAGAACAUGGAAGACUGUGAAAAAACCCUUUCAGAAAAACAGCGUGGAGCCUACUGGGAUCUCAGCACAGCCUGUUCCAGAGCCAUCGUGUGUACCAGGUCCUCAACCAAAACUUCAAGUGGAUCUGGUUGAUGCAGAGCAAUUGUGUGUUGCAGGCCCAAGUGGUCCUAAACCUCAAGUGACAACAGAAACUCAAAAAACUCAAGUGACAACAGAGUCCACACAAAAGAGAGAUGUGCACCUGAAGGCUGACAUCAGCAGCACCAUCUCAGAGAAUGGAAAUGAUCAGGGUGGCAUGAAUAUUUCUCCUGCAACAAAUGAGAAGGCAAGCCCAACAGUGAGGAAGAACAGCAAAAUCUGUGCAUUCUUCCAAAGAAGAUGGAAGGCUGUGGAAAAAAUCCUUCCAGAAAAACAGAGUGGAGCCUAUUGGGAUCCCAGCGCAGCCUGAUCCAGAGCCAUCGUGUGUCCCAGAUCCUGAAGCAGAAGAUGAAGUGGAUCUGGCUGAUGAAGAACCGUUGUGUGUCGCAGGUCCAAAUGGUCCUGAACCUCAAGUGAAAACAGAAACUCAAGUGACAACAGAGCUGUCAAUGUUACAUAACAAUUUCCCUUUAAACAUUUUCCAACUGGAGCGUCGCAUGUGCAAAUGUAGAGUGCAAUGGACACCUGUCACCGAGGUGUGGCCCAGUGUCUUCAUUGGAAAUGAAGAGACAGCAAUGGACCGAGUCAAACUGAAGGAGAUGGGUAUUACUCACAUCCUGAACACUGUGGCAUACAAGGAAUAUCUACAAGGAAAGAUCGAUAUAAAGGCGGAAUAUUACCAAGAAAUGAACAUCACUUACUGUGGUGUGCUUGUAAUGGUUGAUCACAGGUUUGACGUCAACAAUGACUUAUUCCCAGCUUCGGAAUUCAUCCACAAGGCCCUGAGUAACACAGGAAAUAAGUUGUUAGUGCACUGCAUGGAUGGCGUCAGCCGCUCUGCCACAUUUUUUCUGGCAUACCUGAUGAUCCACCAUGAAAUGUUGUUGGAGGAUGCCAUCGACCACGUCAUAGACAAGAGAUGGAUCAGGCCAAACAGGGACUUCUUGAAGCAGCUGAUAACCCUCAAUUCAAACCUCGUAACACAGCGGAAACUACAGCUAAGAAAACAGAUCAACAAAGAUGAAACAAAAAACGAAGAGGACCCUGUUGCACAGCCUGUUCCAGAACCAUUGUGUGAGCCAGGUCCAAGCAUACCUAAACCAGAACCUCAGGUGACAAAAGAACUUUCAGUGUUAGAAAGUCAUGUCUCUCAAAGCGUCCUUCAACUUCAGGAUCGCCUGGAUGAAUAUACAUUGGCCUGCACACCUGUCACUGAGGUCUGGCCCAAUGUCUUCAUUGGAAAUGAAGAGACAGCAAGAAACUGAGCCAAACUGAAAGGGAUGGGUAUUACCCACAUCCUGAAUGCUGCGGCUGUGGAGAAGAGCUUGAAGGUCUUGUUUGAAAUUCCAAGCAAGAAAAGCCUAAAAGGAAAGGUCAAUACAGGAUUGACAUAUUACCAAGGCAGGAGCCUCAAUUAUUAUGAUGUGCCUGCAGUAGACAAAUGCUCGUUUAACAUCAGCGAGUACUUCUUCCCAGCUGCACAGUUCAUCCACCAGGCCCUGAGUAACCCAGAGAGUAAGAGCUGAUGCACACACACCAUUUAUUUGCUUGUCAUUUAUCAAGUGUCCUACAGUG